AAGUACUUAGACGCUGAUCGUGAGCGACGAGAGGCUGGUUUAUUUUUGGACAGGGCAAAAACACAGUGGUUCUAAACCUGCAUUUGGUUAGAAUAUCACCUAAGCAGUUCGAACUUGUUUCAUCAUCCUUUGGCCAAAAGUAUUGUCUUCCCGUAGGACGUGGAGCGUAACGCAACGGAGUUCCGCGCCGCAAUAAAGGAGCCCUGGUGCAAAUGUUUAAGUCUUUUCAAGACUGUUUAUGAUCUGUGACCGUGAUGUUUUGUUGUUCCGCGAACCAACGUAUAAGUCUCGGACUUCUACGCUGGAGGUCUCUGGCAGCGUGUCCAAAUAACCUCCAAGACUCUUCCUUGUUGAUGCUGAAGGCGUUCUCGACCUCUCCAACCAAUAAAGAGGCGAGCAAACCCUUGAAGCAGUGGACUCUUGUUGUUAACCCCUUCAGCAAAGUACGUGUUCAGCUCCAAUGUAACAUCUCCGUACGACCUCUGGACCCGCACGCUUUCCCCGAGGCGAACCGGGCCUUCAUCACCAUUCAUGGCACCAGCGCAGAUCAAGCCGUCCAACUAGACAACUUCCAGGUGCACUAUGAUGACCAAAACAAGGAACUGUCCAUCUUGUCCGAGGUCAAAAACAGCAACGUGUCAGUGGAGCUGACCGCUCCCAUCAAAAGCGACCUUUACAUCACCACUCAGGGAGAGGGCAACGUGCAUGUCCAGAAGAUGGAGUGUGAUACCUGCAGGGUGCAGACAGAGAGGGGGAAUUGUGUGCUGCACUCAGUCAAGGGUCACCAGGUGCAGGUCCAGUCCCAGGGGGGCAACGUCACUGGGGUGGGAACCAUCCAUGGCAACGUGGACAUCAGCACAUCUGGACACAGUGCGGUGAAUGUGAAGAAGAUCCAGGGUACUACUAUGAACGUGUCGACAGAACAUGGCCCUCUGAAGGUGAAAGCCAUCUACGCUGAGUCCACCUCCAUAUCGUCCUCUUCAGGGAGGAUACAGCUGGGACACAUACAUGGCGAUGCCACAGUGCGGAAUGAGACUGGAGAUAUAAUUGUAGAUGGUUCUAACAAUGGCUACCUGAAGGUGUUGUCAAAGAGUGGAAACAUUGAUGCAUAUGUAGGAGACAAUGGCAGUGCAGAACUCCACUCUCAGCAAGGUGCAGUGUCUGUGCGUGUCCCCUCCUCUAUAAGAGCAAGAGUGCAGCUGUGUGGAAUGUCAGUAGAGAUCAGCCCAGAGAUAGUCCUUCAGCAAGCAGAGAGAGAUUCCAAAGAUAGCAUGACUACUGUCACUGGCCAUAUGAAUGGGCAACUCCAGGGUGACCAGUGGAUCAGGGCCCAGGCAGACAGAGGCUCCAUCACCCUGAAGGCACAGAGCUGGUUUGAGUCUCUGAAGCUAGGCAGCUGAGGCUUCACUGCUACGCCCCAUUCCAAAAAUGUCCUACCUACCUCCUCUCUACCUACUGAACUAAGUCCUCAGGGACAAGAAGUGUAGACAAGAAGUGUACACAUCUCAUUGACUGUGACUGUUGGGCAGAGUCCAACCACAGUUGUCUUUCUCGGUUACUGCUGAGCUGACAUAGGAGAGGAGAAAAAAAAGAAAAGAGAAAGUUGCCAAUGUGGAACUGGGAGACAGAUCAGUGAUACGAUGAAAUGAAUCGCCCUCUGGGAGCCUUGACACAUGCAGACGGAGAACCCCAUGAGAGCAGAUUUAAACCAAAUAAAAUCUCAUUGAUUUCUGUUCUUAAUCAAUAGUUUUUGUUGAAUUUCAUGAUCAAGUUUAAAUCAUAUCUGUAGCAUUGACAACGGCUACUAGGCUUUAUUACGUGUCUAAAUGCAGUUGCAAAACAUGAUCACGAUCAUGUUUCUGCUUUAGCCAACUGUUGUCAUGAAAUGGCUCAAGCAUAAUUUACAUUUUUUUCACAUUUACCUUUAUUCAACUAGGCAAGUCAGUUAAGAACAAAUUUCUUAUUUUCAAUGACGGCCUAGGAACAGUGGGUUAACUGCCUGUUCAGGGUCAGAACAACAGAUUUGUACCUUGUCAGCUCGGGGAUUUGAACAUGAAUCCUUUCGGUUACUAGUCCAACGCUCUAGCCACUAGGCUACCCUGACCCCCCAUGAAUCUAGUGGCAGCCAGGCUAUUUCAGUCAUUGGCUGUUUCUGAAUACCCGCGCUUGCGUUUUAAAUACUAUGCGAAAAUAGAAAGUUUGAUAGUAUGUGAAAUGUAAAUGUUUUAGCUUUCUUUUAAUGGCAGGAUGUAUAUUCAUUUUGGCUUUUCAUCGAGUAGAAUUCAUUACACACUAUUGAGGAAGAUAAUUGUAUUGUUUGUUAUGACAAACCAGGAGAACCUCACUCUUAAGACUUUCUGACCGUAGGGUUGAAACUGCAUAAUGUACAAAAUGUUUUGGGAUGCUUCGUAAAAGAAUGACAAGUGUUUGUUGUUGCCUUUUAUUUUAAACUAUUCAUGGGGGGUUCAAUUUACUUUGAAUAAAAAAUACUGGGAAAAGUGUUGACAUGAACACUGACAAUGAAAUAAUUGAGGCAAUUUUGUUUUUUGAAUAUUAUUUCAUUGCAAAACUGUUUUGCUGUAUGAUGUAAAUGAAAUUCACUAAUCUGUUGUAAUGCAUAUAAAAAAUCUAGAUCCUUUCUCCCACUGAGUUGAAAUGUUUUGAUGUAAAAGCUUUACAUAAAUGUAUAUAAUGCAUUGAUGUUCUGCUAAAAAUUAAACAUUUCCUAGCCUAAAAA